AUGGAAUCGCCCAAUUCUACUACGAAUCAGAGCUCGAUUACGAACAACCUGGUGACGGUACCGAUUCCGAUUCUACCAUCGGAAGGCACGUACUGUUACGUGUUCGUGAAAGGUUCACUGUAUGCCCGGGACAGUGCCAUAUUCGGUUGCUCCACGGACGAGGUGCAGGCACUCUCGAAACGCUUCCAGAUCAGUUCGGUUCCGAUCGACAAUGGGGUGGUCAUUAAGGUGGCCCCGUCGCUGAUCAUCAAUUCACUGGCGCAGCUCGGAUACAAGGUUGUCUCGAGCAGCGGCGAAACGGAAGUCACGUGGACGCUACAGCGUGAGCUGUAAGGCCAAAAAACACCAAAACCAAUGCUGAACUAGCUAUGAAACAAUCACCUUAGGUGUACUAUACAUGUUUAGGGAUAUAUUUGAUUAACCUAAUAGCAGCAAAGACACAACUUCUAUUGCAGUCAACACCUCCACCGUAUUAGUAUUUUGCAAACUUCUACUACUAACUAAUGCCAAAGUGUAGUUUGUUGCGUGAACCUUUACCCGAAGAUCCCGGAAUGUAACCUAAUAAAAAUUGUUAUUUUUCAUAUGUGUGAUGCCAAUAGUGUUGUACGACGAUCGAUUUGAAGCCCACCAACGGAGUUGCUGUAAGAAA